GGCUGGGCUCUGCGCGUCCCAGGUUAAGCGGAAGCGCCUUUCUGGCCCGCUCUUUAUAGGCCUCUCUUUUGCUUCCUGUUUCCUCUUUUACUAUACCCGCCAACAUGGGCCGCGUCCGCACCAAGACCGUGAAGAAGGCGGCCCGGGUCAUCAUUGAGAAGUACUACACGCGCCUGGGCAACGACUUCCACACCAACAAGCGCGUGUGCGAGGAGAUCGCCAUUAUUCCCAGCAAGAAGCUCCGUAACAAGAUCGCAGGCUAUGUCACGCAUCUGAUGAAGCGGAUUCAGAGAGGCCCGGUGAGAGGCAUCUCCAUCAAGCUUCAGGAGGAGGAGAGAGAAAGGAGGGAUAAUUACGUACCCGAGGUCUCAGCCCUGGAUCAGGAGAUCAUUGAAGUAGAUCCUGACACUAAGGAAAUGUUGAAACUCUUGGACUUCGGCAGUCUGUCCAACCUGCAGGUCACUCAGCCCACUGUUGGGAUGAAUUUCAAAACACCACGUGGAGCCGUCUGAAUCUGCUGUGCUGUAAUGUCUUCAAUAAACCUCGGACAAUAACCUU